GGCAAUAUCACCCAGGUCAACAGAUAGAAACUGAGAUUAAUUUAUCCUGCACGCUUCGACAGAUUAGAGUCUAAGGAGCUGAGGAAAAUGGUAUUUAACUCAAAAAAGCCUCUGAAAUUUUCCAAGUUUCUGAAGUCGAGAUGGUUGACAGAUGUGACAGAUCACAUGAUAAAGAAACCUAACAUAGUCGUGAAUAUCUCCAACAAAGACGCCAUUAUUUCGGGUCCGGAGCCUCGCAAAGUCUUACCUCCGCGCAAGUCGACCAUUUUACAAGGCGUGAGCAUUAUUAGUGCCGAGUCCCUUAUCCUCAUCAAAGUCCCGGAGGAAACCAACAUCGGUGGCAUGGUGCUAGAAGAUGGCUGGUGCCAGCUGACAGCACAAGACCCGACUUACCCGAAGGAUGUCCCGUUGUACAAAUCCCCUCAGUUUGAUGUUGGCUCGGUUGAAUUCGAUCCUUAUCUAGUGACUGGAUCAAAAGGAGGCGCUGUUAAGAAGUACAACAUCAAAGUCAAUGUGUGGUUUUGUCCAGCGAAAACCAACUGUGGCAUCCAUAACCACCACACGGUCCCAGAAAUGCUUGAGGUACACACACAGAUUUAUGGAACGGGAAGAAUGCAGAAGUUUCACGAGAAGGAGUUCAAGAGCAUCUAUGAAGAUGUAAUAAUGUGUCCUGGCUUCACUCAUGAGCCCUUCGCUGGCGUCAGGGAAAACGGCGACAUCUACUAUGGCUGGCAUCAGUAUUAUUCUGAUACCGAUUGCAUCUGGAUGGCAAUCGAGCAUCACCCAGCUUAAUUCGGCGAAAACUCGGUGAUUUUGGAGAAUCUCUCGGCCGAUCUUAAACAAGAAAUAGUAAUCAAGUAACAUACAAUUUAGAUUUAGUAAGAAGAACUUCAUAUUUUCUAUUUCACACAAACAAAAAUCGGAAACGCUUCACAACUGUCGAAUGUUGACAUUUCUUUGGAAAAGAAAAAAGGCAGAAUUCUUUACAUCCUUUUAUUUCACUUGAAAAGCAGCUAAACCAGAACUUUACUGUAGUACGUUGACAGUCGUUUGGAAAUUUAGCUCAUCGAAGAAGAGAAAAUAUAAUAGGAUAUGUUUUCAGAUCAUUACUCGUUGAUCAAUACAAUACAAAACAGUAGCAGCUUAGUUUUAUCUUGCAUGCCUCGAUUGGAAUAAAUGAAGGGUAAAAGGUGGAGAGACCA